ACCCCUGCAUUUCACAAUUGUGAUUUAUCCAAUCUGUCGUAACCCAUCAUCAGCAUAGUCGUUGACAGCAGCAUCAAGCCAAGAUUCAAUCACGAUUGCGACACGUCAUGCCACCGCGUAAGAAGCUACCCGCGUCCGCACCAAAGACGUCAAAAUCAAAACCAAAAGCCAAUCCCAAAUCCAGCAUCUCAGAACCCGCGCAACCCCUCUCAACGGCGUCUCUACCAUUGCGCGCUCAUGAGUCUGCGUACCACUAUGCACUUCUUCUUAACGACAGCACAGCAUGCGACGCGCUGCUGAGUUGGUUUGGACGCGUCGAGGAGACGCGAAGCAUGCCCUGGCGCAAGAAAUGGAUUGAUCCGAAAUCGUAUGAGGGGAAAGAGAAAGAGUUGGGAAGUAUCUUAGCGAGAAGGGCGUACGAGGUUUGGGUGUCUGAAGUUAUGCUUCAACAAACACGAGUGUCCACAGUCAUCCCCUAUUUCAAUACAUGGAUAUCGAAAUGGCCAACUGUUCAGGACCUGGCUCAAGCCAAUCACGACGAAGUACUCUCCGUCUGGAAAGGCCUUGGAUACUACUCUCGAGCGACUCGCCUGCAUGAGGGAGCACAAGUAGUCGUAGGCAAAUCCUCGAGCUCUGUUUGUCCAAUCCCGAGCUCAGCGAUAGAACUUCAAGAGUUUCCUGGCAUAGGCAAAUACACUGCCGGCGCCAUAUCUAGCAUCGCAUUUGGCGAAGCCGAACCCGUGCUUGAUGGGAAUGUAGCGAGAGUCUUGAGUCGACAGCUCGGUCUAUAUGCGGACGUAAAAGACAAGAAAACUUCAGACCUUCUUUGGGAAGUAGCGGAUCAGUUGAUCAAGUGUGUAUCAAAAUAUCCGGAGAUUAAGAACAGCAUUAUACCUGGACAGUGGAAUCAGGCGCUUAUGGAACUCGGUUCAACAAUAUGUACUCCCCGACCAAAGUGUGACGAAUGUCCGAUUCAAAACACGUGUAGAGUGUAUAGCGAGGCGCAGACAUUAUCCGACAUGGCUCAACCGCUUACGAUUCCCGAUAUCGAGGAUGCGUGCAAUCUAUGCGACGCAGUGGACAUCGAGGACAUAAUUGCAGCUCGAGGAGAAGAUGAAGACGACGAUAAACCCAAGUCCGCAAAGAAACGGAAGAUUGCUACAAAACAACCCAACAACAAAAUAUCGCACUACUUUGCCAUUGGUACACCCAGCGCAGGUUCAGGUGACGAGACAAAAGACGAAGAAGCUGCUGACGAUUUGCGAGUCGAUGGAACAAGAAAGAGAAAGGCCUCUGCACCUACUACACAGUCGAAGUCGAUAUCAGCAUACUGCUCGCUCUACCCAAAGAAGGUGGCGAAGAAAAAGGCAGCUGAAGAAGCGUGUGUCGUGUGUCUUGUUGAGCUGCGUCCGUCAAAGGGGAGUAGCAAGUGGCUGAUUGAACAAAGACCGGCAAAAGGACUACUUGCCUCUUUAUGGCAAUUCCCCCAAAGUACAAUUCCCGUUCCAAAAGAUACACCUAAGGAUCGCAAGACUUCAGCACAAGCGUUUGUAGCGGAUCUUGACGCCGGCAACAUUGAUCUGAGCAAGGCGCGAUAUGUUGCAAGUUUCGAGCCAUUGGUUCAUGUGUUCACGCACCUUAAACUUACCAUGAACGUCCAUCAUUAUGCGCUCAAGAUCGACAAGGCUGAUGAUGUUGAUCUGACUAUCAGCGGUACACCACCACGAAAAUGGGUGAGUACCGAGUCCAUGGAUCAUGAAACCCUAUCGACUGGCAUGCGCAAGUGCUGGGAUCUCGUCGUAAAGAGUAUCUGA